AUUGUCGAGUUCCACAACGUACGGAUAUAAUGUCAUACGUGUCAACGUGACAUAGCACCGGUUUCAUUGUUCUUAAGUUGUAUGUAUGUGUGAGUGUAUGUAGUAUUAAUUAAAUACAUCAUAUAUAUAUACACACAUAUAUAUAUAUAUACGUAUAUAUAUAAAUACAUAUAUAUUUAUAUAUAUAUAUAUAUAUAUAUAUAUAUACACGUGCGCUUGUAUAGAAAUGUAUUAAUGCACUAUUUACUGUGUGUACAGCAGAUAGGCCUGUGUAUGUGUGUCUGUGUUGGUAACUAAAUGUGUAUAUAUUUACAUAUAUAUAUACGUGCGUGUGUGUGUGUGUAUAUGUGAGUAUGUUUGAAGUAGUUUAGUGCUCAACUGUGUCAGAAGAGGUGCUCGAAAGAGGGACAAUCUCCUUUCUGAAGACAUCCACUGAAGAUUGUUUUGCUAGAGCCUUCCAACUGUUUCUUUGAGAAGUGAAAGAGAAUUUUCCUGCCAGAACUACCAGUUACCAUUCUGAUGGUGCCAUUCAGUGCUACGUUAAGGUUUACUAGAGACUGUUAAAUACUAAACCUUUUACUUCUCAGAUAUAUUUGUUAUAUAAAGUAUGGAGAAACUUCACAGAGAAAAGGGUAUUUCUGGGGAUGUUUGUAGCAAAACUCAAUACACAAAUGACAAAUCAGGGGUCAGAGAUGUUUGUAAUAAGUCUCAGUUUUCCAGUGUUAAGUUAAACCCUGCAGAUAUUUGCAGUAAAGCCCAAUUUCCUUCUGUCUCAAGCACCAUGACGUCACAGAGGAUUGCUCAUGUUGGGGAGAAGCCCCUGCACAACAACAUCUACGACAGCCAGUUUGUGCAGGGCUGCUACCUCCAGCCCCAUGGGCUCGUCACCAACAACCAGAAGCUGUUCCAUGUGGAUGUCUACAACAAACAACUGUCACAGAACUGCUACAUACCGACUCACGAAAGGAGUCAUACGGGGGAGAAACAGCAGCAACAACAACAACAGCAGCAGCAGCAACAACAACAACAGCAGCAACAACAACAACAGCAGCAGCAACAACAACAACAGCAGCAGCAACAACAACAGCAGCAGCAACAACAACAACAGCAGCAGCAGCAACAACAACAGCAGCAGCAACAACAACAACAGCAGCAGCAACAACAACAACAGCCACAGCAGCAGCAGCAACAACAACCACCUCAACAACAGCAGACACAGCAUCAGCAACAUCUACAGCUGCAGCAGCAGCAGCAACAACAUCAGCAACAGUCUCAAAGUGGUCCUAUUUGUCAAAAGCAGCCAGUCAUAAGCAAGGCCAUGCCUAUUGCUUCAAAAUCUCAAGUGUGUUCCAAACUCUAUCACUGUGACCUUUGCCCGAAGCAGUUUGUGCGUCGAAAUACUUUGGAAAUGCACAGACGGAUCCAUACGGGGGAGAAACUGUUUCAUUGUACGUUCUGUGAAAAGAAAUUCGUCCACCGAGACAAACUCCAGAUCCACGAGCGAAUUCACACGGGGGAGAAACCGUUCCAGUGUGAAUAUUGCCCAAAGAAGUUUUCUCGGAAAGACAAGUUGAAAAUUCACAACAGCUCCCACACGGGAGAAAAACCGUAUCAUUGUAGUUAUUGUCCGAAAUGUUUUGUGCAACGAGACAAACUGAAAAUCCACGAACGGAUCCAUACGGGGGAGAAACCUUUCCAUUGCGAGUUCUGCCCGAAGCAGUUCUCUCGGAGUGACAAGCUGCAGUUGCAUCGACGGACACAUACAGGUUGACCAGCAGACAAGCUGAUUGGAUGGACGUAAUGAUAAUGUUGGUGAUAAUACGAAAAAUAAUAGUUUCUGAUUUAAGCACAAGGCCCAGCAAUUUUUAAGGGUGGGUGGGGUAGUUGAUUACACUGAACCCAGUGCUUGACUGGUACUUUAUUUAAUUGAUCCCAAAUGAUAAAAAGUAUUGUCGACCUUGGUGAGAUUUGAACUCAGAACAUAAUGAACCAGAACAAAUACUGCAAAACAUUUUUACUGACACUCAAACAAUUCUGCUCAUCGACCUUGUCCUGUCCCCUAAAUUUCCAGGCCUUAUUGCCUAUAGUAGAAACAAUUACUAUGAUGAUUUCUAACGGUGUCUCAGGGUGGUAUAUAGUGAAUUAUAUCAACCCCAACAGAUGACUGGUAUGUUUAUUGCUCCACCCCUGCCCAUGCCAGAAGGAAGAAGGUCGAUAUUGACCACGACACGGUUUGUCUACCAUUCUCAGAACAAAUGCUAUUGACCCACUGAGUUGGUCAAAGGAUACUUUUAUUACUACAUGAAACCAGUAUUGAUUGGUUAUUGUUGAUUAGUGAUAGGUCAGCUCUGAUCAAAGGUAGUUCCAUCCAUGACUAUUCCAUCAAUUUCCUAUAUGCAGGAAAUCCAGGACCACAUUAUUGUUGAUUUAAAUGUUUAAAAAUAUUUAUUUUACCUGAUUUCUAUUUUAUUUCUAAGAAAAAAAAUCACCCCCUCUCUAAACACCUAGCAUCCACUUUUAACAUUUGCUGUCCCCUUGAGAGCUCACAACUCGCUUCCAAGAGGGCACCCACUUCUCAGGCUUAAAACCUCUCCUCUAAGGCUUCCAUUAUUCAAGGUUGACCAUAGAAUCAGCAGUUAGAAAGUUCUUUUCCAAGGUGUAAACCUGAGCGAGGUUUUUCUCAUUAUAGGACGCCAGAAGUUACCUAUGCUGAAAGUGUUCUCUCUCCACAUCUCGAUUUAUCCAAGAAAAGACAGUCUCUCGGCUCUCAAAUAGCUUGGUACCAGUAUUGUUGCAGAUAGACUCAGAAUAUAAAGAAUUGAAACAAACACUACUAGCCUUUUUGUCCAAUGGCUUAAUAAUUCUGUCCAUCUACUGACCUUGAUUAGGGUGUAUUUUAUCAACCCCAUAAGAAAUGAGAAGCAAAGUUGACAUCAGCAGGAUUUGAUCUCAGCCAUGGCCGAUGCCAGUGCCCUCUGACUGACUCCCGUACUGGUGGCAUGUAAAAAGUACUAUCCAAACGUGAUCUAUGCCAGACCCGCUAGUGGCACAUAAAAAAGCACCCACUACACUCUCAGAGUGGUUGGUGUCAGGAAGGGCAUCCAGCUGUAGAAAUUUGGCCAGAUCAGAUUGGAGCCUGGUGCAGCCCACUGGCUUUCCAGACCUCGGUCAAACCGUCCAACCCAUGCCAGUAUGGAAAACCGACGUUAAAUGAUGAUGUAAAAAACCAGAAGAAAGAUUUUGAUGGUUUCUACUUUUCUCACAAUACCAUUAAACAGGAGCAGCAGAAGUUUAUAUGAAAGGAAUUGACUUUAGUGUCCUACAGCUAUAAUUUUCAUUGACCCUCAAAGGAUAAAGUGUUGCACCGAAUCUAGUGAGAUUUGAACUCAGAAUGUAAAGGGGUUCAACUAAUUUAGUGCAGCACUCUACAGGCUCAGCCACACCAAUACUUUCAAUACUAAGGUAUUAAUGGAGUCUGUUGAAAUCGUGCACUGGUUGUAAAAUGAAUGUUACCAUCAUAGAAGUGGUGUUGUUUGUUUGCAAUCUUCUGUGGGGUCAUCUGCAGCCAUAGUUCUGGAAGGAUAGGAGGGUGUGUUACCUUACAUGGAAGUGAAUGAGGGUUGGCCAUGGAAAAUCUGCCCAAUUGAAUUUUAUUUGAAUUAUACAACCAGGGAAAAGUGGAUGUUAAAAUGAUU